AUGGGAUUGAGAACCACGACGUUGUCUCCUGGACGAUUAAGAGCUUGGAACGAGCUUUGGCGAUUCACUCUCACGCAUCAAGCUCUCGCGGCUUCAAGUUGGAGGCGAGGAGACAUACACUUGGCAAACGCGAUGGUGGACUUGUAUGGCAAGUGUGAAAGUCUAGAAGAUGCUCGCAGGGUGUUUGAUUCGAUGGAGCAGCACGACAUCGUUUCCUGGACAUCGAUCAUCACAGGCUAUGCUCACGAGAGCCGAGAUGGAGACGAAGCUUUCCUUCUCUUCUCUUCCAUGCAAGAACAACGAUUUAAACCCGAUCGUUUAGCUUGUCUCGCCGCUAUCAAGGCUUGUAGCGUAAUCACAGAGAAGAAAAUGGGAUUUAGACGUAGAAUCUCUCGAGAAAGCAAUGAAAAUCCACUCGUGGAUCUCGCAGCUUGGCCUGGAGAGAGAUCCGGCAGUCUGGUUGAUAUGUAUGCCAAGUGUGGAAGCUUGAUCAUGGACGCUCGCAGGGUAUUUGAUAAAAUCUUAGAUCGCGACAUAGUUUUGUGGAACUCUUUCCUGUUUGGAUGUGUUUACAUUGGCGAGGACGAGCUUGCGUUGGAAUGCUAUGCAGCCCUGGAAGUUGCUCUAAACUCUCAAACCUUUCUUGCGUUGUUGCCAGUUUGCAGGAACCUGGGAGAUUUGAAGCUCGGGAAGCUCUUCCACGCACAGAUUCUCCGGCAGGGACUGGAAGGGAGUUCUGUGGGGAUUUCCCUGCUUGUGUUGCGGACCACAUAG